AUGCCAACCAGUGCCACCACCACUCAGCCAACAUCCGCUGCUCCCCACUCGCUCCAAGACCCCGACCACGCCGAAGCCUCCGACGCAGAGACCGAGCCGCUCCCCUACGACGACCCUGCCAUCGACGACGGCCAGCACUCGGACAUCGUCAUGGAUCCCUCCGAGCUCGCUCACCACACCGCAGCAGCCGCAGCCGCAGCUGCCACCGAUCUCGACGCUCCGGGCGAAGAGGUGGACGAGUCCAUGCUGCCUCCCCUCGACCAUGCCCAGUCUUCAUCCCAUCCGCACAGUGCACACGAAGCGCACGACGACGAUGAAGACGCUCCUGCCGACGAGGAUCACGACGACGACGACGACGACGACGACAUCGACGCUUCCCAAGCAACCGUCGCACACGAUCCCAACUCCAACAUCAGCUCGCCACAAAAGGCGGGCGCGUUCACAGGCGACGAGUUCAGCGACGAGAGCGAGCUCACCGACGAGGACGAAGAUCAGAACGACGACGCAGACGCCUCAUCGCUCUCCGACGACGACCUCGGCGGCUCCGAAGACGACGACGAAGACGACGACGACGAUGGCCACAGCAAGACGCACGAGGACGAAGCUGCAGAGGCGCUAGCCGCCCUCACCGGCGGUGCAGAAGGCGCCGACGACGAUGCUAACGCAGGAGCAGCCGCCGGCCUCGACGCUCUCGCCGCCCUCGCCACCGCCGGCGUCAACGGCGAUGCCGCAGCCAACGCCCAAGACGAUGACGACGACGACGAUGAAGACGAAGAUGACGACGCGUCUGACGCCGACGCCGACGACGCAGCAGCCGAAGAGGGCACCUCGCGCGACGACAUCGCCAAGCACGGCCGUCUCCACCAACUCCAACAAGAGGCAGAUGCCGACGACCUAAGCUCCGACAUCACUCCGGAGCCCGAAGACGACGUCGACGCCGACGGUCACGCAGGCGCAGACGAGAUCUCGGAUCAUGAAGAUCCAGGCUCCCCUCGCACCACCGACCUCGACCUCAUCGCUUCAAUGAAGAAGCGCGCCGCUGCCACAGGCGGUGCCACCAGCCUGCUCGAACCCGAGCAGCUCGUCGACAGCCUCCCAGGCUCCGCCGCCUCCUCACGAGCCGCAUCCCCGCUCGCAGACGACGACGAAGACGACGCCGACAAGCCCAAGCCUGCGGGCGACGCCGAGGCCGACGCAGACGUCAAGGCGGCCGACGCCGACCAUGCCGACGCCGACCAGCUCGACACCGCAGCGGGCACACCCGCCCCAGACGCCGUCGAGCCAGACGAAGACGCCUCCACAGACGAAGCCGCCAUCCGCCGCCAAGAGGCCAUGGAGGCGCUCACCAAGAUCGAGAUCGGCUUCGCCAUGCUCCGCGACCGUCUCUACGUAGAGCGUCUCCAAGAGAUCUCCAAGGAGGGCGAGAUGAUCGUAGACGGCACGCAUCCGGAGCUGCUCCACCUCAACAAGGCCAUCGAGUCGCGCCGCCAGCGCCGCACGCAGCUCGUCGACAUGUGGUUCGAGCAGCAGGAGCAGCAGUACGAGCGCGUCGCCAACGCAGAAGAGUUUGCCGCCUGGAGCAUCUGGCGAUCCAGCUGCGCCAGCCUCCGCCGCGACAUGAUGGACGACUUUAGCCGCAAGCGCAGGAGGCUCGACCGCGAGAAGCGCACGCUCGAUGCACCGCGUCCCGCACGAAGGCACCAGAUCUUCGAGACCGAGCUCGUUCGCGACCCGGACAGGGUGCACAUCCCCUUGCCCUCGGCGGCGGCCGACACCACCGACCGCGCCAAUCCCAACGCAUCCCGCACCGACCGCCAGCAGUCGGCCAAGCGCAAGGCCAUCGCACGCGAGAUCGAGCGUGGCGACGAGUUUGUGGCGUACCCCGACCUCAAGGGUCUCGCCGAGGUCGACGUCAUGAUGGACAUUGAGCAGAUGGGCAUCCGUCCCGCAGGCGUGCCGCCAGGCAUGUACGAUCCCUUUUACGGCGCUCCUGUCGGACUCGAGUUUCAAAAUCCGGACGUAUAUGCCAUGUACGGGCCAGAGGCGGCAGCGGCGGCAGCGGCGGCCGCACAGGCGCAGAUGAACGGCUUCCCUUACGGUCUGCCUCCCGGUGCCCGCGGCAUGCCUGGUCCGCACCCAGGCAUGAUUAUGGGCCCGGGCACACCACAUCGUCAUGGCAUGCACCCGCUGCCACCACCUCCGGGCCACAUGCAUCCGGGCAUGGAGAUGGGCAUGAUGGGAUUUGAUCCCUACGCGGCGGCCGAGAUGGAGCGUGCGGCUCGCAUGCACCACCGCGAGCAGGCGGCACGCAUGGGCAUGGACCCCAACGACCCGCAUCACCGAAGCUCACCCUUCCGUCCGGAUAUGUACGCUCCGUAUCCGCCGCAGUACGGCAUGCCGCCCGGGCCGCCAGGACCGGGGCCCAUGGGAGUUCCACCGAGAGGAGCGGCGGGCAAUAUGCCUGGCUCGCCCACGCCGCCGCAUCGAGGAGGUGGGCGGAAGGACCGGGCGAGCGUAGACGAUAGCGUCGGCGUGAGUGGGCGCGGCCGAGGGGCGGCCAAGACGGCGGGGCGGAGCAACAAGUCUCGCUCGGGCCAGGCAGCGCGCGACGCGCAAGCAGGUCUGCCUCCGGCAGCAUCGCCGUCGCAUUCCAAGUCGGGCGGCGCAAAAACGAGCCUGCCGCCCCCGCCCUCGAUGGCGGCAGGCAUGGGCGGCGCGCCCGACGAACGCGACGUCAAGAUGCAUGCUAACGGCACCGCACACCAGAGACCGCCACAGCAUGGUGGGGCCGAGCACAAGCCGGCGGGCAGCUUGGGUGCCAAGGCGCAUGCGGCGCCAGCUGCGACACCCGUCGCGGACGCCGCGUCCAUGGGCGUGGGCAAUGCAAGGCUGUAUCCGCCCAGCUCCGCGUCCUAG